UGAAAAAUGUCCUCAAAAAUUAUUAUUCUACCCAAAUAUUUUCUUAUUCAUCACGAAUGUAACGGUGGUGUUUACGUAAAAAGAUACAAUAGUACAGGCGCAUAUGAAAAUGGUGUUUAUUUACUGAAAUGCACAGUUGAUGAUGCUUGCUAUAUGACAUUGAAUGAACAACAGGAGGGUACAAAUAAAAUCAGCUUUAAACUGGACAACGGUGCCUAUUUUUCAUGCAAUGAUAAUGGUGUUUUGUGGGGAUCAUGGACGAGACGAUCCGUAUUUGAAGUGAUUCCAUUGGAUAAUAAGAAAUUUGCUCUGAAGGCUGAUAACGGUUACUUUGCCCGUGUUCACAGUCGAGAUGGAAGGACCUUUCUGGCGGCAAAUGCAACUUUGAUUAACGAGGAUUCCCAAUUUACGAUCGAAGAACCAUCUUUCAGAAAACAAAUCAUCGAUGUCAAAUAUGAUUUAUCAAGGGCAGAGACAAGGGGUGAAACUCCAUUUGUAGCUGGUAGUUUGAAAGUCGAGAAUCAUGAUCGUCAAGCAUCCUCGGAAAAUACGUUGAGAUAUGAAUAUACGAAAUCUGAAGUAGGCACUUGGAAUAAUAGUGUGGGAGCCGAAUUGACGGUUAGCGCUACGAUCGAUGCAGGUGUUCCCUUCCUUGCAAAUGGUAGCUUUGAUGUUGCUGUCACGGCAAAGGCAUCGCAUGAUUGGGGUGGUUCAAAAGGAGAAGAACGUCGUAUUUCCGGUGAAUCCAAAGUCAGUGUUCCUCCCAGAAAAAAAGGGGAAAUCAAAAUGAUGGUCAGUCAGGCUACUUUGGUUGUUCCUUUUAUGUAUAGAACAAAAACAUGGUACAAGAAUGGCCAAGAAAUUGAGAAAGAUGAACCAGGAAAAUAUGUGAAUCUGGAAUCUUAUAAUAUGUACGUGAACAAUAGUGAAUUGGUUGAUAUAUAAACCAUUUUAUUCAGUUGAUUUUAUACAAAUCAAAUAAACCUUUUGUUUGAAAUAUA